CCCUUUUGUACCAAGCUUGACAGGAUGUUUUUAACAGAAUGUGACCUCACUGGGAUACCAGAGAAGAGAAUAGGCGGAUCAGGUCCAGUUCUUCAGCCAGGUCCUAGAAGCAGCAGCACAAGAACCGGAGCAGUGGUAAACCCAGCAAGACCAGGAGACAGCGACCUUCUGGACACCUGCACUGACUCCCUAGGUGAAGAGAAUGAAUUUCAGGAUUAUUUGUUAAAUCAGGCAAGGCAUCUUGAGCACAAGCAUUGACGAAUUUGGUCCUUUGGAAUCUGUACAUAUUUUCACCUGGAAACACACAAAGAUGGAUGCAGAUGGGGAAAAUAAAAAGCUGCGCACACGCUCAAAAGGAACGAAGGUUCAAGUGGACUCUAUAGCUCAAGAGCUCAGUGCCUACAAAUGCUCCAUGGCUAAGAAGAGAAAAGCUGAAGAGCAGAUUUCAGGCGUACCUGUCAACAAAAGGAAGUCCCUGUUAAUGAAGCCCCGCCACUACAGCCCCAGCUUGGAAUGCAAAGAAGAAAAUGAAGACAGGACAGAUUUACAGGAAGAUAUCAGUGUCCUCAAAAGCAGUUCAACUCCAGAGGAAAGCACUCCAAAGCCAUCUGAGGAAACCCCUCAUUCAUGUGGGCAAGAGAAUUCCAGUGAAAGAAAAGAUAACUAUUCCAGCUAUCGAGAUGCCAUGGCCAAGUCUUUGACGAACAUGGGAAAAUUAGCAAAAGAUGCACCCACUCAAGCAGUGACAGAAAAUCUAAAUGAUAGUGGUAUUCAAUCUCUAAAAACAGAAAGUGAUGACACUGAUGAAUGUUACAUGAUUAACUCAACUGAAGGAAAGGAAAAGACUGUUAUUUCUGAACCCAAAUAUUGUUCAUCUGAGGAAAAUGAAAGUAACUCUGAAAUCAUGGAUAAUGAGUGGGAGAGCUCCUCAAAUUUCUCAGAAGAAACUAGUGUAAAACCCCAUCUAACUCAGAAAUAUAUUGUAGAGUGUAACCAAUCUAGCAUUCUGGAAGUCCCAGAAAUUAAGAAGGAAGAGGUAGAAUUUGGCCCUUGUGAAACACUUUGUGAUUCAGAAACAAAGCUAAGAGCACCCCAGGAGUCUCACCCGGAUCCUUUUGAGAAGAGAAUUCAGAAUGCAUUCCCUGAAAGUGAAGAAGAUGACAAUGAGUGCCUGUCAGAAACAACAGAAAUGUCAGUUGAGCUGGACAAAGCAAAAGGGAACUUGAGUUUGCUAGAAGAAGCAAUAGCUCUGCAGGCAGAGCAAGGGCAUGUUUUUCACAACACCUACAAGGAACUGGAUAGGUUUCUCCUGGAGCAUCUAGCAGGGGAAAGGAGACAAACCAAAGUUAUUGACAUUGGUGGGAGACAGUUAUUUAGCAACAAACAUUCACCCAGGCCUGAAAAGAGAGAAACCAAAUGUCCCAUCCCAGGAUGUGAUGGCACAGGGCACGUGACUGGGCUGUACCCCCACCACCGCAGUCUCUCAGGCUGUCCACAUAAAGUUAGAGUGCCACUAGAAAUUCUUGCCAUGCAUGAAAAUGUUUUAAAGUGUCCCACCCCGGGAUGCACUGGAAGAGGACAUGUCAACAGCAAUCGCAACACACACAGAAGUCUUUCUGGUUGUCCAAUUGCUGCAGCUGAAAAGUUGGCAAUGUCCCAGGAAAAAAACCAGCUUGAAUCUCCAAAAGUGGGACAGUGCCAUGAUCAGACUCACAGCACAAAUUUAACUAAGCAGCCUGAUGUAGCUCAGUACAAUUACAGAACUUCACAGCCAGUCACCUCCUCCAGAUCCACCCUCACAAAAGAAAAGGAGAAGUUUGGGAAAGUACCAUUUGAUUAUGCCAGCUUUGAUGCACAAGUCUUUGGCAAACGCACAAUGGCACCCAUGGUGCAAGGACGAAAAACACCCCAGUUCCUUGAAUCAAAGCAUUUUUCAAAUCCAGUGAAAUUUUCUAAUCGACUGCCUAGUGCUAGCGCCCACACACAGAGCCCUUGCCAUGCCAACUCUUAUAGCUACGGUCAAUGUAGUGAAGACACCCACAUAGCAGCAGCUGCUGCUAUCCUGAACCUUUCCACCCGCUGCAGGGAAGCAGCAGAGAUCCUCUCCAACAAACCACAGAGUCUGUCUGCCAAGGGAGCUGAGAUAGAAGUGGAUGAAAAUGGCACUCUGGAUUUGAGCAUGAAAAAGAACCGAAGCCAAGACAAAGUUAUGCCUCUCACCUCUUCCAGUACAGUACUUCCCACUCCUUCCUCAUCUCCUUUCAAAACAAGCAGUAUCCUGGUAAAUGCAGCCUUCUACCAGGCUCUUUGUGAGCAGGAAGGCUGGGAUACACCAAUCAACUACAGCAAGACACAUGGCAGGAAAGAAGAAGAAAAAGAGAAAGAUCCAGUGAGUUCUCCAGAAAAUAUGGAAGAAAAAAAAUAUCCAGGAGAUAUCUCCAUACCAAGUCCUAAACCCAAGCUCCAUUCAAGAGAUCUCAAAAAGGAACUCAUCACCUGUCCGACUCCAGGAUGUGAUGGUAGUGGUCAUGUAACAGGAAACUAUGCCUCACACCGCAGUGUUUCAGGGUGCCCGUUAGCUGACAAGACAUUAAAAUCCCUUAUGGCUGCUAACUCACAGGAGCUUAAGUGCCCUACACCUGGUUGUGAUGGCUCUGGCCAUGUGACUGGGAACUAUGCAUCGCACAGAAGCUUAUCUGGUUGUCCCCGUGCCAGGAAAGGUGGUAUCAAAGUGACUCCUACCAAGGAAGAAAAAGAAGACCCUGAGCUAAAAUGUCCAGUGAUAGGCUGUGAUGGCCAAGGUCACAUAUCAGGUAAAUACACUUCUCAUCGCACUGCUUCUGGUUGUCCUUUGGCUGCCAAGAGACAGAAGGAGAGUCCCGUCAAUGGGUCUUCACUAUCCUGGAAACUGAACAAACAAGAGCUGCCACACUGUCCUUUGCCAGGCUGCAACGGGCUGGGUCAUGUUAAUAAUGUUUUUGUCACCCACAGAAGCCUGUCUGGUUGUCCUCUGAAUGCACAAGCCAUAAAAAAGGGCAAAAUUUCAGAAGAAUUAAUGACUAUCAAGCUUAAAGCAAGUGGUGGUAUUGAGAGUGAUGAAGAAAUCAGACACUUGGACGAGGAAAUAAAGGAACUGAAUGAAUCCAAUCUUAAAAUUGAAGCUGACAUGAUGAAACUUCAAACCCAGAUCACAUCUAUGGAGAGCAAUUUGAAAACGAUAGAAGAAGAGAACAAACUCAUAGAGCAGAACAAUGAGAGCCUGUUGAAGGAGCUAGCUGGCUUAAGCCAAGCCCUCAUCUCCAGCCUCGCUGACAUUCAACUUCCACAGAUGGGGCCAAUCAGUGAGCAGAAUUUCGAAGCAUAUGUAAAUACACUCACAGACAUGUACAGCAAUCUGGAACGGGACUAUUCCCCUGAAUGCAAAGCUCUGCUGGAAAGUAUCAAACAGGCAGUGAAGGGCAUCCAUGUGUAG